AUGACUGGUAAUACUCACACCCUAGCCCUUGAACCUGACUUUAGGAAUCCAAGUGUAUUAAAAACUGUCACCACAAAUCGCAAAAAGCUCAUAAAACUUGGUUUACUUCCAAAAAUUCCAUGUGGACAACUCAUUAACAAAAACGAGAAAUACGAAGAGAAAGUGGUAAUGUUCACCAAUCAGCCGGAAGAUUCUGACAGAUGUGAAAGCGUGGAGCUGGACAAUAAAAUCUGCGAUCUGAUUGAGAGGAAUACUUCUCCUGAUCUAAAAGGGGUCACCCCAGGGGCCAUGCCAAGUCACAGAAAUUCAUGUUCUCCAAAGAUUCCAGGGAAGACAACUUCCAUGGCAAAUUUGGUACGGGGUACAACUAGAACGAGUGCUGCAGAAAGUUCUACGGAGCAUGCAGAGUGUGCUCAAUCAUCAAGAAGAAAGAACUUGACAAAUCCUCUUGAACAAAAGAUAAGGUGCUUGGAAAAACAAAGAAAAGAGCUCCUGGAAGUUAACCAGCAAUGGGAUCAGCAAUUUAGAAGUAUGAAAGAGUUAUAUAAAAGAAAGGUCGCAGAGCUGAAAAUGAAACUGGACGCAGCAGAGAGAUGCCUCAGCACACAAGAGAAGGAGCGGCAGCAGAGUCAGAGAGAGAGCGACAGGCAGCGCGACCUGGCCCGGGAGCGGCGACAGCGCGAGGAGAAGGAAAAGGAGAGCCUAAAUGAAGAAUUACAUGAAUUGAAGAAAGAAAAUAAGCUUUUGAAGGAAAAAAAUGCUCUCGCAAACAAGAAGAAGGAACAUUAUGAAUGUGAAAUAAAACGCCUCAAUAAGGCUCUUCAGGAUGCCUUGAAAAUCGAGUGUUCUUCAUUUCCUGAGGACUGUUUGGGAAAGUCUGAAAUGGAGUGCUGCCAUGAGGAGAUGAGAACAGAAAUGGAAGUUCUUAAACAGCAGGUGCAAAUAUACGAAGAAGACUUCAGAAAGGAGCGAUCAGACCGAGAAAGACUCAAUCAGGAAAAAGAGGAGCUACAGCAAAUUAAUAAAACUUCUCAAUCCCAGUUGAACAAGCUGAAUUCUCAGAUAAAAGCUUGUCAGAUGGAGAAAGAAAAACUAGAAAAGCAAUUAAAACAGAUAUAUUUCCCAACCUGUAACUGCGGCUUGGGUUUCCACCUGCGGGAUCCAUGUGUACCAACCGGUCCCAGAGCUGUGCAGGAUCAACAGAAGCACCCACCAGAGUAUCAGUGGUAUGCUCCUGACCAGUUUCCGCCAGAUGUGCAGCAGAAGGCAAAUGGUUUCUCCUCAGAAAAGAAAGUCCAUCAGUAGAAGCACACGAGCAGAGGGAGAGCUUGGCUGAGGGCCUUCAUUUUUCUUUUCACUGUGGCUCUGUUUGCUACAACUGCACAUCAUCUACUCCAUUAUUUGUGCCUGGUAAUGUUUCACUUUGGCAUGGGCAGAGGAAAAGGCUUGUGACAGCUGAGAUCCUGAUCAAGUCUGAGGAGCCAGUAUUAUACAGCCAAGCACAACUUCCAGUUGUCUCGAAAUGGGAUUUGGCAGAUGGAUUAUAGGCCACUCCUUGGACCUCUCUUCGGCAUAUUGCUGUUGGAUUUACGGAGGUGAUUUCAUGAUUUCAGCAACUCCACUUUUAGUGCAAUGAUAUUGUGUGUUGAUUUAAAUAUAUAUUCCCUGAGGGAAAAAUUUCUGCAGUUGUAAAUUUUUAACUUUGCUCCCAUUAUAUUUAAAGGGGCUUAGUUCUUUAGCUGGUUUAACUGGAUACUAUGUUGGGAUUAAAGAGGUGUAUAUAUUUCCUUAAACUAAAUGAUUGGUUCAAUCUGAAUAAAAUGAUAAACUUGAAACUAUUCUUUAAACAGAUAAUUUCUUUUAAGAUGACAGGAAAUUGCGAGCCUACUUCAUUUUCAUGUGGA